UGAGCGAGGCCGGCGUCAAGAUGAAUGACACAGUGACAGUCAGGACCCGCAAGUUCAUGACGAACCGGCUGCUUCAGAGGAAGCAAAUGGUCGUCGAUGUCCUGCAUCCCGGCAAGGCCACGGUCCCCAAGACUGAAAUCAGGGAGAAACUGGCCAAGAUGUACAAGACCACACCUGAUGUUGUGUUCGUCUUUGGCUUCAGGACUCAGUUUGGUGGCGGCAAGACAACAGGCUUUGCCAUGGUGUACGAUUCCCUAGAUUAUGCUAAGAAGAACGAGCCCAAACACAGACUGGCCAGGCACGGUCUGUAUGAGAAGAAGAAGACCUCAAGGAAACAGCGCAAGGAACGCAAGAACAGAAUGAAGAAAGUACGAGGCGUCAAGAAGGCCAGUGUGGGCGCUGCUGGCAAAAAGUGAGCCCGGACAGCCAGGGAGGGUCUUCGUGCUCAAUAUGUUCUUGUAUAUUGUCAUCGAAUAAAGUUUGGGAAAAAAAAACCUCUG